AUGGCUGGAGAGACCAACAUGGAGGAGCGGAGCGAAAAGUUAUGAGAGCUGUAGUAAAUAUCGUGGAAGUUGAUGUCGGAUGAUAAGGAGCUUGCCCCGUCGCUGCGAUUUCCUUUUGAAAGCCCAUUGUCCUCCACCCCACAUGUAGUUAGAGAUCGAGUGAUGAAUUAAGAGUGCUGGCGCUUCAGUUUUGGAGAGGAGGCAGAGGGGGGCCCCGGCUUUCCCCAUCAGAACUAUGCCCUGGGUGAGCAACAGCAAGCGGAGGGGGAGUCCGGAGCUGCCGCUGCCUGCCGGAUGGGAGGAAGCUCGGGAUUAUGACGGUCGGGUGUUUUACAUCGAUCACAACACCCGGCAGACUUCGUGGAUCGAUCCCCGGGACAGGAUUACAAAGCCGUUGACGUUUGCUGACUGUGUUGGAGAUGAAUUCCCAUUGGGCUGGGAAAUUGUUUAUGAUCAGCAAAUUGGUGUCUACUACAUCGAUCACAUUAACAAGACCACCCAAAUUGAGGAUCCUCGGACUCAAUGGCGUCAAGAACAGGAGCGCAUGCUGAAAGAGUAUUUGGUGGUGGCCCAGGAGGCUCUUGAUGCCAAGAAAGCAAUCUACUUUGUAAAGCAGCAGCGAUUGGAGCUGGCCCAGCAGGAGUACCUGCAUCUCCAUGAGCUCUCUGAGGAAGAUAGUUGCUCUCAUGCAAGUUUAUUGUCUGGCUCGUCUUCUAACACAAAGUAUGACCCUGACCAAAUUAAAGAGGAAAUAAUACUCAGACGUGAAAGGCUCUCCAGGCUGAAACAAGAGUUGGCACAGAUGAAGCAGGAGCUACAGUACAAGGAAAUGGGAGUGGAGACCCUGCAGGAAAUUGACAGGAAGAUGUCUACCAGUCAAACAAACUACAAACUUGAUGAAGCCCAGGCCAUCAUCAAUGAACUAAGGUCAAUCAAGAAAGCGAUCAACAUAGGCGAGAAGGAGAGGCAGGACCUUAUCCAGAGCUUAGCAAAGCUCACAGUUGGCUUUCGGAAUAGCUGCUACAUAAGCGACUCUCUUCAGGACCUUCAGAGUUCUCAUGAAGCCCUUGGCGACACCUGCUUACCUCAGCAGUACUGUGAUGCAGGAUGUCAGACUGACAUCAUCGGAGAGUUUGAUGCUGGUGACGCUUCACGGCUGGCAGGCAGAAUACGACUGAGUUGGCAGUAUGAGGAAGCCAAGAAAAGAGUCUCCAGUAUCCAGCUUCAGCUGGCCCAAUUGGACAAUGAGGGCUGGCCUGGCAAAGCGGAAGUGGACCGGGACCGAGACCGCUUGCAGCUUCUGAGAGAGAAGGAGGCUUUGUUGCAAGAGCUAACAUUGAUGAGUCAGCAGCAACGAUCCACAGAAGAAAAGUUGCGCUUAGAAGUCCAAAAGAAGAGGUUGGAGGAGGAGAUUCAGAAGGCAUACAGUACAACCCCUCAAGGAACCAAUGAAAGAAUCCUUCAACAAGAAAAGAAAAAUGUGCUUCUGAGGCAGCUGGAAGAAGCUACUCGGAUAACAACGUAUCUUCACUCACAGCUAAAAAGUGUUUCAGCAAACAGUUUGACAGCAUCAUCUGGAAGUAGCAGAGGAUCCCUUGCCUCCAGCCGUGGUUCCCUGACUUCCAGCAGAGGCUCCUUAAGCUCUGUGAGCUUUACAGAUAUCUAUGGUCUCCCCCAAUAUGAUCGGGUGGAGACAAGUGUAUAUGGUGACAGUCAGCAUCUACGCUUUGAUCUCUUUCCAUUUGAUGUGGUUGCCAAGGACACAAUUGUCUAUGGAUCUGACCCUAUCAAUAUGAUUAAAUCAAGACGAUCCCUGGACACCCCUCAAUCACUGGCCUCCUUGUCAUCCCGCUCCUCGCUUUCGUCCCUUUCCCCACCCAGUUCUCCACUGGACACACCUUGUCACUCUGUUUCUCGAGAAUCUCCACUGACCCAAAUGACUGAAGAAUAUGUGGAACUUGCAGGACGAGGGAUUUUGGAAGGAAUUCGUGGGCACACACAUGUUUCUCCCUUAGCUAGUGAAGGCACCCAAAGUGCUGGUCCAAGUAAUCAAUAUGGUGGACUUGCACUGCAAAACAAAGGUCUAAAGGAGAGCAUUGCACAAGGGGGACCAAACUCCCAAGGAACGGCUGGAGUUACCUUAAGAUCCAACAGUACUGGAAGGUCUAGCAGGAGGGCCAGACGAGUUUCGGCAGGGGUGUCUGAAGAUGCCCUUGCCACAGACAGUGGUGUGUUUGAAGCAUGGAGUAAAAGCAGGUCUGAGGAAUCGGAGGAGGUUCAUUACGUCAAUGAUGCUGCUAGUGGGGAGGCUCCUCAGAUCCAGCUAGGACUCAUGUACGAUGUGCUUAAAGAACGUCUUGUUGUUCAUUUGCUUCAAAUGAAGAAUUUAAAUGAGGCACUUGUAAAGGAAGGUUUAAAAAUAUUUAUCCAAAUACAUCUACUUCCAUCUGACCCUAGCACAAUGAGCACUUAUUCCUCCAAAAUUUUGGAUCUGCAAACAACUGUAAAAUUUAACGAAGGAUUUCACAUUCCUGUUUCUGCCAAGGUUGUUGGGCACAGCUCUCUGCAACUGUAUGUGUUACUGACAGGACAUCUCACAGAGGAAGUACUGCUGGGUUCAGCUCACAUCAGCUUGGCAGAUUAUGAAAGCUCCACAGAAAUAUCAGUCCAGUGGUUCAAAGUCUGCAUUGUAUCAGGGACUGAUACUCGGCACAGGAGAAACAGCAACCAAUUCAUAGAGAGAAGCCCAGAGACUCUGAGUAAUCAAACAAAUGACAAAAAUAUGGAUUCUGUGUCAGCAUUGCUGGCUUGCACUUCAGUUCAGCUGGAGGCUGUGGAGCAGGAACUAGUCUCGGAGAGAGUGAAGAUGAACUAUUCCAGUGAAAACAUACAAGAUUUGGAGAGGAAGGAAGAGCAGACAGAGGCCGUGUCAGAAAGGAGCUGGCAGGCUGACUCUGUCGACAGCGGUUGCAGCAACAGCAUUGCAUUUGGUCCCCACUGUCCAGAAAGCUUGUGUGGAGAGGCUGUUUUUGAAGAGCCUGAAGAGUUUUGUGUAACAAGGACAACAAAGCUUCUUCCAGCAAAGGUUGAUAAAGAGACAAAUACAGAAGGUCCAGUUUUGGAAAGACUGACAGUUCGGCCAAAAGAAAGGAUUGGCCGUAGGUCCCAUGGGUCUCCUUUUGUACGGAGUAGCACCAUUGUUCGUUCUCAGACAUUUUCACCAGGAGCAAGAAGCCAGUAUGUAUGCAGACUGUACCGCAGUGACAGUGAUAGUUCAACAUUACCAAAAAAGUCCCCAUUCAUUAGAAACACCACAGAGAGAAGAACUCUGAGGUAUAAACAGCAGUCUUACAGAUCAUCAUUGGCUGAGCAAUCAACUCGGACAUCCUUGGACCUGGAGCUGGAUCUCCAGGCCUCCAGGACACGACAAAGACAGCUGAACGAUGAGUUAAGUAACCUGAGAGAACUGAAGCAGAGACUUGAGGAGGCCCAGGACCAGGGACGGAUGGAACUUCCCCACUAUGUUUUGCGAGAUGAGCGUUUUCGCAGUGUUUUAAGAGAGGCAGAGAGACAGGCAAGGCAAAGUAAACAGGAGCAGCUACAGGAAGAAGCAGCAGAAAGGAUGCUAAGAAAGGCUUCCAAGGAGGUGUUACAGAUGCGGGGACAGAACCAAAAUGAAUCCUUACCAGUGCAUACAUUCAGAGAGAAGAUUUCGUUUUUUACUAGAUCAAGGCUCAACAUACCUCCUUUGUCUGCAGAUGAUGUCUGAGGGUGUGCCUUCAGAUUAAGAGUGAAGUAUUCAAGUCCAAUUUCCGUCUUCAUGAAGUAACAUGAAACACAACUAGUAUUUCUCUAAAAAGUGCAAAAGCUAUUAAUAUUCAUGUUUUGUAUAAAAAUAUUAAUAAAAUAAAAACAUAUAUAUAUAUAUGCUUAUAUAUUUUAUUACUGUUGACACCAACAAGGCUAGGUUUUCCUUGUUGUAAAAAUAACAUCUCUGAAUGAAACUUUUAUAGAAAAAAAACAAAAACAAAAAAGCUCUUCUCUUACUCUUUUGUAAUUAUUUUCUUCAUGUGUACCAAAGGCUGGAAGACAGCAGCAAAGUCAGUUAAGAUAUCUUCACUGUACUGUAAUUUAUUAUUUGUACUUUUCCUUGAAGGAAAUUUUACAAAGAGCCAAAAUGAAAACCUAUUUUAGGUAUACUUUGUAUGGCUUUAAGAAUAAUUUUUUUGUAUUUCUGACAUACAGUGGAACUUUUGGCUGAUUUUGUCACUGUUACCUAAUUCUGAAGAAAAAGUAAAAAAAAA